GUUUGGCCUUACAUCCAAGAGAAGACGAUAUUUAACAAUCGUCUGUUUGCCGCCUCCCUCAUCCUCCAUCCUUCAUCCUCCAUUCUACACACCCCACCUAUCUCAGAACCCCAUCAAUCGACCUUCACAAUCUGAGUUCAACGAUGGCGAUUAUUUGCUAUUACCGGAUACUCGCUAUCCCACACUCCGCCGAAAUACACCAGAUAAAGCGAGCUCACGAGAGGGUACUUGCUGAGGAGGAAGACCAGCGGAUCGCGAGCGAGGAGAUGAUCCAGAAAGCAUACAUUACGCUGUCCAAUGACAGACUACGGGCUAUGCACGAUUACCGACACCGAAAUGGCUGCCGCCUUUGCCAGAACAUGUCAGCAGCGCCGAAGACGGCAGAGAACCGCAAUCACGCCAGCGCAGGCGAUCCCAUGUAUUGGGCCGAAUACGGGAGUCGAAUAAAAUCUUGCGAAUCUCCCCUUCGCCGCAAAGCUCCGCCAUCGCAGCACCCUGACUACUGCGACGAUGAUAAUGGUUCCAAAGACUUAUGGCCGGUGUGGUCUUGCCUACCGAAAAAGGCCAUGGGUUUUCAUCGGCCGGACCUCUCGGCUAGCAGGGACACAAUAUACCGGAUCGCCAAACGUACCCGCGACCGCGCGGGAAAGUUGCCGUUCGUCCUCACGAAGAACGAAAACGACGACCGCGUCAAGGCAACCAUGAAGAUAUUAUGGUCGGCCAUCGUAAACAGUGACGGCGACGAUUCCGGAGUGCAGAUAGUACAGCUUUCAUAGGGGUUGGUACCCAAAGCGAUGAUGGAAAUAUAUUGGUGGUUGAGGGUGAGCUUUUGCAACAGCUGUCAUUUCUGAUGUAUUUCAUUUUCGUGUUUCCGUCCUGUGCUAAAUUAGCACCCGGAUGAAAAGUGUAAAGCGA